GCCCUCCAGGUACAAGUAUUAGGAAAAACUUUAAUCCGCGAAGUCCACGUGCUUACGUGUUUCUGUCUUACCACAACGGUAUCAUACAACUUUUUCGCCUCCUCUCUUCUCCUCCCUUUCCAUCUCCUUGAGCUCUGCCAUUUCUUUCUCCACCCUUUGCCCAGUUUUCACCACGGCGACCACGAGCUCCUCAUUAAAAACCCCUCUUCCUCCUCCUCCUCCUCCUCCUCCUCCUCCUCCUCCUCUUCCUCCUCCUACAUCCGCCACCUUUCAUCCACCACCCUCCCUCCUACUACCCGCGCAAAGAAGGAUAGAGACAAAAAUGGUCGACCCUAUUAAUCAUAAGGAGGUCCAUAGUCUCCUUGUUGAGGUCGCCUUAGCAGCUGGUGACAUGAUUCUCGCUGCUCAGCCUCACAUUGCCACCGUGGGAACCAAGCAGAAUUCUGCGGAUCUCGUGACCGAGACCGAUAAGGCUGUCGAGCAAUAUGUUAUCACCACGCUCAAGGGAAAAUAUCCGGAGCUUGAUUUCCUUGGAGAGGAGACAUACACUAUCGGGAAGAAACUUACCAACAAACCCACUUUCAUUUGUGACCCUAUCGAUGGGACUGUCAACUUUGUCCAUACACUCCCCAAUGUUUGUAUCUCGCUUGCCCUAGCUAUUCACAAGAAGCCGGUCGUUGGCGUUGUUUACAACCCUUACACCACCCAUCUUUAUAGCGCGAUUAAGGGUCAGGGGUCCUUCUUGACCAUGCCCGUUCUCUUGCAGGUUCAGGCUCCCUCGCAACCCCAACCCUCCCCCACUCGAGGAACUGGUAUCAACUGGAAUAUCAAGUAUGAAACCUUUGCAAAGCUUGCCGGUGGUAGAGAACAGGGUGGAAAAAUGGUCCAUUCCUUGCGUAGUAUGGGAAGCGCAGCGCUGAAUUUCUGUGCUGUUGCUGCCGGACAGAUCGAUGUCUACUGGGAAGGUGGAUGCUGGGCUUGGGAUGUGGCGGCAGGAUGGCUCAUUCUUACCGAGGCUGGUGGGAUCGUUGUGGAUGCUAAUCCAGGCAAUUGGUCCCCUACCAUCGACGGAAGAAGAUACAUGGCUGUUAGAGCUGCUCCGGCUGGGCAGAGGGAAAUUGUGGAAGAGUUCUGGAGCAUCAUUCCGGAGGGUGGAUAUGAUUACUCUAGUUGA